AUGCCAUCAGUUCACAACGCCCUCCCCAAGUUCCAGCAAGGACGCUUAACAUUUCCUGCAAUCCUGCCCAGUUAUCCAGUCCCUUUAUCCUACAAUCAACCUGACCCGAUCCUGCAAAGUUGUCCAUCCUCAUCACCAAGUCCUAAUAUCCUCUGUCCUCCAAGAAGAAACCUCCAGAUCCUCAACUACAGCAAGUUAUCCUCCGACCCAAGUCCUGUCAACCCGAUUCCUGCAGUCCUUCAGUCCUCUUCUUACCGCGAAGAAGGAAGUCUUCCUCAUUCGCCCAGGUCCUCUUCGACCUCAUCCUCAUCCCGGACUUUGUCCUCAUCCCCAGCCUCGUCCUCACCCCGUCUCCGUCUUGAUGAUCACCCUCGUCCUCCUCAGACCUCUUCCUCAUCCCUAACCCUGUCCUCCUCGACCUCGUCCUCCACGACCUCAUCCCUGAUCCCGUCCUCCUCCACCUCGUCCUCAACCCGAUCUCCGUCCUGA